CUCCUUUAAAUACACUUAUCUUAGCCCCCAGAAUGCAGGAAGAUUUGUUCCAUAUUCAAAACUCAAAGAAUUAACAGAUCUGAAAUGGAUAUCAUCACCAUUCUUUCAUCCCUUGCUUUCUAUUUCCUCAUCUUCUGGUUAUGCAAUUAUGUAAUCAUCUCAAAAUUAAGGUCCAGGGGAUCAGGCAAAGUUCCUCCAGGGCCUUAUCAGUUCCCGAUUAUUGGUAAUCUUCAUCAAAUUGGCUCAAAGCCUCAUCGCUCGUAUGCAAAACUGUCCGAGAUUUAUGGCCCGAUCAUGUCUGUUAGGCUUGGAACCAAGCAAACCGUUGUUGUGUCAUCCGCCGAAAUCGCCAGAGAAGUGUUACAGAAAAAUGAUCAGAUUUGCUCCAGCCGUGGCAUACCAAUCGUCAUGCACUCAUUUAAUCAUCACAAUGUCUCCAUGGUCUGGCUCCCGGCUUCUACCCGGUGGCGAAACAUCCGUAAAAUGAGUAAAGAGCACAUUUUUUCGACGCACAGUCUGGAUGUUAGCCAAGCUCUUCGUCAGGAAAAGCUGAAAGAAUUGCGUGAUUAUGUGAAGAGUUGCAGCAGUAGCGGGAAAACAGUCGACAUUGGUGAAGCGGCCUUCACGACGUCCCUGAAUUUGAUCUCGAGGACUCUGUUUUCGGUCGAUUUUGCAAAUUACGAUACUAAUUCAUCUCAAGAACUCAGGGACAUCGUAUGGGGUGUGAUGAAAAAUAUUGGUACUCCUAAUGUUUCAGAUUAUUUCCCUGUCCUUCAACCGAUUGAUCCACAGGGAGUGAUGCGCAGCACAAAUUCAUAUUUCCAGCGUUUGUUCGACAUUUUCGAUGGUCUGAUAAAUGAACGAUUGCUUAUCAGGGGAGGGUCAUCGGAGACAAAGAAAAAUGAUGUGUUGGAAGCCCUUCUGGAUGAAAACAUGAAGAAUGAAUCAAACUUCAACAUCAAUGUCCUGAAACAUAUGCUUCUGGAUUUGUUUAUAGCAGGAACAGACACAACUUCAGGCACUGUGGAGUGGGCAAUGGCUGAAUUACUUCGUAAUCCUGAAAAGCUACUGACUGCUAAAGAAGAACUCAAGCGAGUCAUUGGAGAAAACGGAGUAGUUCAAGAAUCAGACAUUUCCAGGCUCCCAUACUUGCAAGUAAUCGUUAAAGAAACAUUUCGCCUUCACCCGGCAGCACCAUUUCUAGUUCCUCAUAAAACUAAUGAAGAUGUUCAAAUCAGCGGGUACACAAUCCCAAAAGACACGGAAAUACUGGUCAACGCUUGGGCUAUCGCCAGAGAUGAAGGAACUUGGGAGCAAGCCGAAAUCUUCAAGCCUGAACGAUUUUUGGAAAGCGAAAUCGACGUGAAAGGGAAUCAUUUCGAGCUCACUCCGUUUGGUGCAGGAAGAAGAAUGUGCCCCGGGCUUCCUCUGGCUUAUAGGAUGGUACACCUAAUGUUGGCUUCUUUCAUUCACAACAUUGAUUGGAAGCUUGAAGGAGAAAUCAGACCACAAGAUUUAGACAUGGAUGAAUUAUUUGGGUUGACUGUACAGAAGGCACUCCCCCUCAAAGCCAUUCCAACGUGUGGUCAAAAUACGGAUUGAUUUAGAACAUCUUUUUUUUUUUUUGGGUGCAAAAGGAGACAAAUGGCUAGUUACAAGUUAUUACAAAUCGGGGGGUUUGAUGCCCAAUUACAUCAUGACAUUGUUUUUUUUUUUCGGUAAACUGUGAAUUUUAUUGCUUCAUGGUCAAGACAUGUACAUAUUUACAUUGUGGCAGCCAAAUCCAGCUCCAAACUGUCAAGAAAUCGAACAUCAUCACCACUACCAUUCCUAUAUUUAAACAAGAUGGACCAUUUGAUCUCUUCUUGCAAUCUGACAAAUCUACUUCCUGCUGCUUCAAUCUUGUUUCUAAAUCUCCUUGCAUUCCUUUCAGUCCAAAUAUGAUGAACUGCUGCAUUGAUACAUGCAUAUAAUACUCUUCUUCUCACUGCUUUCUGCUUCCAAAUGAUUGAAAGCCUUCUAACAUUCAGGUUGGUGAUAGUAGUUCUGAUUCCCAGCCAAGUCUGUAUUAAUGUCAUCACUUAGAGUAUCCACAAUCAAAGAACAAAUGUUGCACUGUCUCCUCUUCUUUCUGACAUAAAAUGCCUUGCUGAUCAUCCUCCAUCAUGUUCAUCUUGAUCAUCCUGUCAGUUGUUAAUAGCCUGCCUUGGCAUGCUAGCCAGCACAAUUAGCUAUGCUUAGGAACCGAAAACUUGCUCCAUAUGACUGGUGCAUGCUUCAUCUUUUCCUUCUGCCCUCUCAUCCACAUGUAUCCACUCUUAGCAUCAUAUACUUUCCAUCCAUUUCCUGUCCAUUUCCCAUCAAUUGUUCCAGCUUUCAGCUUUUCUCUGAUUUUCAACAAUGUCUUCCAGUGCCAACUACAAUCAGCAGGAACUUGGUAAUUCCAAAUACUUCUCCCUUUCAAGUAAUAUAUGUGCAUCCACUGUAUCCAUAAGCUUUCUUUGUUCUGUUCCAAUUCUCAAAUUUGCUUCCCCACCAAUGCCUGAUUCCAGAUCCCAGGUUCCCUGAUCCAUAAUCCUCCUGCUUUUGUCCUGCAUACAUCAUCCCAUGUUACAAGUGCUCUGGACCUUUCAUUGCUUUUUUCUCGGAAAAAAUGUCGUUCCUACUCAAAGCUUUACCCUCGUCGUCAAUCAUACCCAAUAGAUUUUCGGUUAGCCAACUUUACCCUAAUGUUUGAAAUUUUUGCCAAUUUCGUCCAAUCGGCCUA